AUGUACAUUCCCCCGCUUUCCAACGCCAUCCAAGCCCUCCCUCGUGCUAUGGUAACUGGCCACACCCCACUCGAAAACACCAAGUUUGUUCUGAAUAGCACUGGUGUAGCUGGUCUCUUCGGUGGUGAAGAAGCUGUCGCAUCCAUAGCUUUGGUUCACGUUUUCGAAGGGAGAAGAUGGUUUGGCUGGUACAACUCCCCUGGAUCCUACAUUAUGGGGAUGCGUUUUAGCCGGCUGGCCAGUUCGGCUGUUCCUUCAUUAUCCCGAGAUAAGCGGAAACAGGUGCAAACUGACCUGGGCUCGCUCUUCGAGUAUAACGGCCGGAAAGGCCCCAAGUUUAGAGCUGUUCACUCUGGAGCUACUUUCCAGGAAACGGGUCAUCUGGCCGCUUUGUUCAUGAAGGAGUGCACAGAGUUGCACGCCAUCCCGAUCGAGGGCAGGCAAACCCAGCCUGUCAGCGUCACCAUCGCCAACCUCCAUCACGUUCCCCGCCAUGAGGAAUGUCCCACGUUGCAUAGGCGUCCGUGCGGCUGGUAUCACGAUUGGUUCUCUUUCGUAGUGAUCUUGUUCGGCAUCAUCGUUAGCGGCAUAUCGUGUCUUGUAAUCGGCUCUGGGACGUUCCGCUUUACGCAUCCAGAGCCAGCGCCAGGCUCGCCUCCGGGGGACGGUAUUUUAGGCUGCGAAGAAGGAAUUGCCCUGUUAAAGGGCCAGGAGGGUGCUGUCAAUGCGGUUACGAGGGGAAGGUUCUCACUACUUUUCAGGAGCAAAGAUGCUCGCCGAAGUGUCAGGCUUAUUCGAAUGUGCUCUAUCAUUCUUGUGAUUCAGGCCAUCGCACAGCUGAUCCUCGUCCCUCAAAGUUCACUCUUUGGGCAAUUCAUGUUCGUGGCUUCUGUGGCAGUCUCAUGGUUGUACAACUUGUGGUUGUGGUCCUUCGAUAGGGAGAAAGUUCAGAGAGAUCUUCUGAUGAAAGUUCUCGGCAAACCACUCCUUCCAAAAUACGUUUUGGGCACCCGCACUAGCAUGGUGAUAUUCGUUCUCCUAGCUUUGGACCUGGACGAUCCCGAAGAUAUCAUGAAUUUCCUCCUGCCUCCAAGCACUAGGGCUUGGCAAAUAUGGAAGGCGGCCGUCAUUAGGCGACUUAGGAGUCACAAAAAACUCGAGUUCGACGCCUCCGACUGGGACGAUUCGUCCCUGUCAGACAAGGAGCGACAGAUGUUGGAGACGCUCUUCAAGGACGCCCAGGAUGCGUAUGAAGGCUUUAAGAAGCACGAAGAACAGAUACUUUCCUAUUCGAAGAUACAAUAA